AUGCCUAGCACAUACCACAUAGUGUAUAUCCAGCAGCAGAUUGGCGUACUCCAGGAACAUUCCGGACAGAUACUUCUCGAGUGUGCGCAGCAACAGGCCCUUGUCCAAGGUAUCCAGGUGCAUGGACGACACCAGCAACAGGAAGGCGAUGGGCAGAUGAAACAGCACACACCACCUGCGUUGGAUGGGAGCCAUGACAAUCGACAGACCCAGCCCAAACAUCGCCACGCUGAUCAGGAACAACUCACCCGCGGACAGGGCGAAGAC